AUGUCAUCCUUGGCAGGCAGAAAGAAACCCCCCCCAAUGCGUCUCUCUGCAGCACUGUACUCCCCAACCCACCCCUGGCUCGCAUGCUUAAAAUCAGCACAAUUGCAGCGCAUCGCGCGCGCAACGGGCGUCCAAUCGUCCGGUACGAAGGGUGUUCUUAUUGAGCGCAUUGCAACAGAGUUGACGUUGCAUCCACAGUCACAGACGCAGUCGCAGUUGCAAUUGUCGGCUGCCGCGGAUUGUGUUGCAAAAGGUGUCACUAGUAUUUCCAAUCACAGUACCAAUGCGAGUGCCAGCACCAUAAGCCAAAAUCGACAGGUCGAUCGACAGGUGUCGGCAAACAAUUGCUCAAGCGAGACCAAGACAAAGACCAAGUCAACAGAUUCGUCAAAACCAAACCCCACACGACAACCAUGGAGUAUCCUCAGCAUCGAUAUGGGGAUUCAGAACCUCGCAUUCGCACAUUUGCUCGUGUCUCACUCUGAUUCCCCAGAUGUCGGGAUUGACGCAACGCACCCCCAAGCACCCGUACUGACAGCCUGGCAUCGACUCGCCGUUUCUGAGAUAUCAAACUUGAAUCUAAUGCCUGGAGAGAAUACCGGUGUAAUCAAGCCCGCUGCAUCAGUAUCAAGGUCUGAUGACGUCACAGAAUCAUCGCAAGCUAUACUCCCAAAAGAAACGGAAAAAGAUAUGACUGUCAAGAUCGCCAAAUCUACAAAAGAUGAAAAUUUAUACAGCCCCGACAUCUACGCCGCAAAUGCGUAUACCCUAAUUACAUCACUCAUAGCUGCCUACCGCCCCACGCACGUGCUCAUAGAGCGCCAGCGCUUCCGUUCAGGCGGCGGGAGUGCCGUUCUUGAAUGGACACUGCGCGUUGGCAUCAUGGAGGGCAUGUUGUAUGCCGUUCUCCAAACGCUACGGCAGGAGAGAGGCGGCAAUGUCGCCGACUUGGUUGUUCGAGGUAUUGAGCCGAGUCGGGUAGUCAGGUAUUGGCUUGAGGGUGGCUCUGAGUCGGUUCCUGGGAAAGGGAAGGGGUGCGAAAAAUUAGAUGUUAAGGAAAAGAAGGAGAAGAAACCCAAUGCGCGCGAGGUGAAGAAGGCUAAGAUCGAUAUUGUUGGACGGUGGCUUUCUGCUGCGAUGCAGAACACCAAUGCUUGUCCAGACACGGACGACGGUCUUCGGAAACUAGAGCUAGGUAUUGCUGCCGUCAAUAAGAUUGUGCUGGCUGAUAAAUCUGUGUCUCCUGCUCUGCAUGGUGUUGCGGGUGCAUAUAUGCGGAAAUGGCAGGGUCAGACGCAGACGAAGGGGAAAGGGAGGGGGUCUCGCUCGUCAUCACCCUUAUCUGCUCAGUCUGGUAUGGACGAGGUGGCUGCGGUUGAUCUAGGGAAACUCGAUGAUCUGGCGGAUUGCCUGUUGCAAGGUGUGACAUGGGUUGAAUGGCAGAUUAUGCGGGAGCGGAUCGCGAGGGAAGGGGUUGAGGCGUUGGAUUCGAUACCAUAG